AUAAUUUUCAAAAUUGGUCCCCAAACUGUAAAUAUCUUCCGAUCCGUGCCCGGUUUCAAAACCCUGCCCCCAUCUAUCCACCUAUAUAGUGCCCUCUUCACUUGUCGUCCAAUUCCGUUCAAAAAAAAAACCUAAACGGCUAAACCUUUCAUCCGCCAUUUCAUCUCACUUUUGGGGGAGAUACUGACCGAUCGAAGGUUCUGCAACCCGUCUUCCCGGAUCUGCGUAUUCUCGGUUCCGUACUGCUCUUCGGAGAUGUCUUUGAGGCCGAACUCCAGAGUCGAGGUUCGCCGGAACCGGUAUAAGGUUGCCGUGGACGCGGAUGAGGGUCGCCGUAGGAGGGAGGACACCAUGGUGGAGAUUCGUAAGAAUCGGAGGGAGGAGUCCUUGCAGAAGAAGCGCCGGGAAGGUCUUCAAGCCAACCAGCAGUUUGAUCUUUCAAGCCAGUCGGAAAAGAAGCUGGAUGCUCUGCCAUCAAUGGUAGCCGGUGUUUUUACUGAGGAUGGCACUGUGCAACUUGAGGCAACAACUCAGUUUCGAAAAAUACUCUCAAUAGAAAGGAGUCCUCCAAUUGAUGAAGUCAUUCAAGCGGGUGUUGUCCCUCGGUUGGUUCACUUUCUGGCAAGGGAUGACUUUCCACAGCUUCAGUUUGAGGCAGCAUGGGCGCUCACAAAUAUUGCCUCUGGAACAUCUGAGCACACUAAGGUGGUUAUUGAUUCUGGAGCAGUCCCAAUCUUCGUGAGGCUUCUUAGUUCUCCUAGUGAUGAUGUUCGUGAACAGGCUGUAUGGGCUUUGGGAAAUGUAGCUGGUGAUUCCCCCAAAUGUAGGGAUCUUGUCAUAGGCUUUGGUGCUCUAACUCCUUUGAUGGCUCAGUUGAAUGCCAAUGCCAAGCUGUCUAUGCUGAGAAAUGCUACCUGGACACUCUCAAAUUUCUGCAGGGGCAAGCCACAGCCCCCAUUUGAACAGACCAGUCCAGCACUUCCAGUUCUUCAGCAGCUUAUAUAUUCAACUGAUGAGGAGGUUAUUACAGACGCAUGCUGGGCUCUAUCCUAUCUUUCUGACGGUACAAAUGAUAAAAUUCAAGCUGUCAUUGAUUCUGGAGUGUGUCCACGUCUGGUGGAGCUUUUACAGCAUCCUUCCCCUUCAGUUAUAAUCCCUGCAUUACGUGCAGUUGGGAAUAUUGUCACCGGUGAUGACGAUCAAACUCAGUGUAUCAUUGAGCACCGUGGGCUAUAUUGCCUUGCAUCAUUGUUAGUGGGUAGUUUCAAGAAAAGUAUUAAGAAAGAAGCCUGCUGGACAAUCUCGAACAUCACAGCUGGAAACAAGGAUCAAAUCCAGGCUGUGAUAGAAGGUAAUAUAAUUGCACCACUUGUUACUUUGCUUCAAGAAGGGGAGUUCGAUAUAAAAAAGGAAGCUGCGUGGGCAAUCUCAAAUGCCACAUCUGGUGGUAGUCAUGAUCAGAUCAAGUACCUUGUAAGUCAAGGAUGCAUCAAGCCAUUGUGUGAUCUCCUUGUUUGUCCUGACCCAAGAAUCGUCACCGUCUGUCUGGAAGGACUUGAGAAUAUCUUGAAGGUCGGGGAAGCCGAGAAGAACAUGGGUCUGACAGGGGAUGCCAACGACUACGCCCAGAUGAUCGAUGACUGUGAAGGUUUGGAAAAAAUAGAGAACCUUCAGAGCCACGACAACCAAGAAAUAUAUGAGAAGGCGGUGAAGAUUCUAGAGACUUACUGGCUGGAGGAUGAGGACAUGCCACCUGGUGAUACGCCCGGACAGGCGGGGUUCCAGUUUGGUUCCAAUGGUGAUGUUGCCGUGCCCUCCGGUGGUUUCAACUUCAAGUGACCGGUGUUUUAUUUUUUUGGUCUUGUUCUCAGAUCUAGAGAACAAACAUGGGCUGCUUGCUGCUAUGGUGAUCAACUGAAAAAUAUUCAGUUUAUUAUUACAACUAUUCAAGUAUACUUUUUUUUAAAAAAUAUUUAUUCACUACAUUUCUUCUGUUGUAUUGCUGGAAAUUUUGACAAUCUGAGAGUCUAUAUUUCCCCAGCUUUGUACUUAAACUUUAAAUGUGGGAAAGGGAUUCACCUUUUCUUUUCUUUUCUAUUUUUUUUAAAAUCUGUUAUUGUAAUGACUACUUGCUUCAUUUCAAUGUGAUAUUGAGGGAAUUUGACAACAAUGAUUUCAAGAUUUUUGCUAACACUCAUGGCUUAGAGCACUGG